CAAUUGGAAUCGUGCGUUUCACGGUGUCGGAAGUUCGUCUGCGUUCUUCGCAUCAGGGUGCGUUAUUCCGUGGUGGUAUUUCUCUACUGUAAUCUGGUGGAAUUUUUUGGACUUUCUUUUGGCUAAAAUAAAGCCAAGUUGUGAGUUCAAAAUUAAAUAGUGAAUUGUUGAAAAUUUGUGUAUUUUUCAGGAUUUCUCAAAGUGAUCAUAGAAGCCUAGUGAAGAUCUGCAAUCGGGAAAGUUUCCCGCAGUCUGCAUCUUGUCUGGAAUAGUGACAGACGAAAAGUUUUCACGAGCGUUGUGCGAAUCAGUGUUGUCAGGAGUUUCGUAACUAGUUGGAAUAAAUCUUCUCUAGUUUUGUGGAUACCGUUCUGUAAUUUUGCAAGUGGACAAUUGGUGUGCUGUGGAUCCAACGGUGUUCGUGUGAGAGUGUAACCUGCAUUCCAAUUUGGAUUUAUUGAAAAGUUUUGCGAAUCCCAUCUCGAUCAGAACAACACCAGAACCGCCAACCCCUCUCCACCCACAUCAUGGGCCGAUUAAGCUUCACGUUGAAGCUUCUGCUUCUGCUUCUGGCCAUCGUUGGAACGUUCGUGGCGGAUGCCAAAAAGAAGCCGAACAAAUACGGGGAUGGCGAUUUCGAGUUCGUCGAUGAGGAUGAAAAAAGUAAUCAGCAGCUGGAUUCGUCCGUACAGCAGAAGCAACUUCAGCAGCAGCAACAACAGCAGCAGCAAAUACCAGAGAAGAAAAAAUGGAUUCACGAUCCCUCUAGUGAUCUGUGUAAACCACUCAACUGUAAAAAGAAAGAACUCUGCCUGCUGGAGGAUGCUUACACAGCUGUCUGCGUCUCGAAGAAGGAACUGCACAAGAACAAAUUUAUCAACAGCUACAAUACGCUAUCUAACAGGGAAGAAAUAAUCACCAAGAGCAAAUAUGGUGAGGAUGAGGAAGCCAAACGAAGGGUCGCCGAAACCGAUCAGCCUAAUCUGCUGGGUAACAGCAACAGCUUGAAUAAUAUAGCUAGUAGCGCCUCCGGUGCGACUGGGAGCAGCAGCAAUGUUGCAAGCAUAACCGGUUCCGGAACGGGUAACAACAACAAUGACAAUACUUCCAUGGAUGAGCUUCUACAACAGGAUCAGGAAGAUCCAGACGAUGAAAGUUCCGCCCAGGAGGAUGACGUGUUUUACGACAGUGACGGUGGCGAGAAGGAGGAAGAGAAAUGCAAACCGUGUCCGGUGGUGAAACCAACGUUCCUGUGUGGCAGCGAUAAUCGCACGUAUUCGUCACUUUGUCGCAUGGACUACCACAACUGCAUUCAUGGAAGUUUGAUCAAAGUAAGCUGCAAAGGAUUCUGUCCAUGCAAAGAUCCCAGCACGGCCGACCUCAAGAAGCAACAGCGUAUGACCGAUCGGAUGAACGCAUUCAACGCCAAAUACCAGCGAACGAUCGAAAGUAACGACAUUAAUGGGGGUGGCGCGGACGGUAAUAGCCUCUUGGGAGCCGCCAGUAAUAGCAAGCUCAAGGAGGAAAAAAAUCGCCACUUCAACCAUAUCAACUCGCAGUACACUUUCACACCAGAGGAUAUAAAGUAUGAUAACAAACACUACAAGUAUAUCAAGUAUACCACCUACAAGGGCAAGCCCCGCCAACAGCCUCAAUACGACGCGUACGGUGGAUUUACUUCAUCCAGCUCUUCGGGAUCGUCCUCCGGUUCCUCUGCUACGUCUCGAAUCAGUGAAGACAAGCACAAAAUCCGUGGCUACAACGAGGUUCUCGACAAACCGGUCAGCAAGUCACCCAAGUCCACUAACAAUGCCGCCCGCUAUCCGACAAAAUCGAUCGAAUGUAAACCGCAGCAGCUGACCGCGAUUGGUAACCGACUGCUGGACUGGUUCUCGGUAAUCAUGGCCGACAGCAAGAAGCGUCGCCAGCAUCAGCAGCAGAAGAACAAGGUCCACUUCCCGGCCGCAUGCAAACUGGAAGCCCGCUGGAUGUUUGGUCACCUGGAUCUGAACAACGACGGUGAGCUUUCUUCGCAGGAGUUGUACGACUUGGAGCACGACCAAAACGAACGCUGCAUAAAACCGUUCAUUGACACGUGCGAUUUGGACCAGGAUAAUACCAUCGAUCCGCGCGAGUGGUGCCGUUGCUUCGAGAAAACUGACCGACCGUGUGCUGCCGUGCGAAGGCGUCUUGGAAAUGAUUUGAGUGGAUCCGGAUAUGCCCCCGAUUGCGACAGUCAGGGUUUCUACAAGCCAACACAGUGUCAUCAAGCCGUUGGAGUGUGCUGGUGUGUGGAUGAGCAUGGCGUCGAGUUUGCCAACACACGCACCCGCGGAAAACCGAACUGCGACGAGAUAAUCAACAAUGCCAGUACUUUGAGCACUGACGAUGAGGAUGCUGAAGACUCUGAGGACGACGACGACAGCCAGGAGGGAAGCGCCGAUCGUUUGUUAGUUUUCUAAGUUACAAACAAAAAUCCACUUUCACCCCCACUCCUUUUUUCGAACAAAACAGAAAAAGCAGAACUUUCAAUUUUCUCCAUACCUGUUACACCGCCCAAAACCGCAUAUCUGUCCUAUUUGUACAGGUUUUCCGUUACGUGUGGGACAAAUAUGCGUUCUGGGAUAAUAGUCCAUAUGCGAAGAGAAAACUUUCCAUUUUAUAUACGUAGAAUUCUUACCCGGCACAACCUUGAUUUAUUGCGUUUCCUUUGCCAACUAACUUAUGAAUAAAAAUCGAUGGGAGUGAGAAGUUAAACUUCUAUAUCAGAUUCUUUUCAGUUCUAGUUGUUGUUUGUAAUCAAAGAAGUUACGAUUUUCCGUUCAGGGCGUUGAUCCCGAACAUUUUGGUCUGUGUGAUGUUUGAAACAGAAGCAAGUAGAAUCAGUCCCCGUCCCAGUAUUCAGUAGGCGUCGUGAAUCUCCCUUAUUGUUAUUACGUUUGUAUUUUCGAAUUUAAAAUUUCUAAUGAUGAAACGAUAAAAAAAACAAUUGUGACAAAAACACAUGAAAUGAUCUGUCCUCCGUAAAACGUAAGAAAAAAAUAUAAAAAAAUUGCUUAGUUUGAUAGACAAAUGAUAGCUUCAAUCAUUGAACGGAUAAGAUAAAUCGUGCAAAUGAAAGCGGAUCUGCUCGCAAACCCAGAAAUGCAGUUGCCAUUGAGCACACGCAGGAAAGCAGUCAGCAUGAUAAGAUCCUGAAAAUAUUAUUUCCAACAUUUCGCAGUAGAUCGAUCUCGUACGUAUUUAUGUUAUUGUGUUGUUUGAAUGAUAAAAUAACUAAUAUAAAUAAGAUUGAACAAAUUGAAAAUGAACCCUCUAUUAACAAGAAGCGUAAAAAUAUUGUUGUAAAAAGCCUUAUUUUCGCAAGUAAGAGAAACAGUUGAAUAGCUAUUACUGUAUAGUAAUAGAACGCCGCGAAAUGUCGCACUCAAGCCAUAAACCAACAAAACACACUUUCACUAGUCGUAGUAGGCCAUCAGUAUUCAUAGCUAAUAGCAUUUAAACAGCAGCCAAUAGAGGCCAACACCAGUCAACUGAAAACCAAAUCAAGCCAGCCAUUCAAUUCCACUAAACGUGAAUAUUUGAAAAAAAAUUACCCAUAAAUAGACCACGCACUGCGCUUUGAAUGUUCAAAGAUAGGAUAUGCAGUUUAAAUUCGGUAUGUGAUGCAAACACUACUUUUACUUACCCAAUGCCACUACCACCAACACAAACCAAUUAAAUACAAAAUAAAACUUGUUUCUACAUUUUGCACAUUUGCCAGAUGAUAUCGCCAUUUGUUAGAUGGAAAAUGCUUCAAACUUAUAUCAUAAACUUGCACGGGCUUCACAAGAAAAUUAAACUGACCUAUUAUUGACAAAAAAUUUCGAUACCAGAGAAAAAAAAGUUCUUUAGAACACGAGUAGAACAUGGUGUGCAUCGCCAAACAUGAAACCAUUCUAUACAUCACCAUUUAAUAACGUAGAUAAAAAAAAACAACAAACUCGUGGAAAAUUACUAGACAAAAGAGCAAAAUGAAAUAUUAAUUAAUUAACAAAUGAUACAAAAUCGGAUUGGAUAAAAACUCUACUCCACUAUUAUAGGCGAAGUAUACAACAUAAACAAACAUCAUUCAUCAUACAACUAACAAAACUACAGGCAGUCAAAACAGAACAUGAAACGCCCGAAGCGAAUCAAACAAAACAAUUAACUGUGCAUUCUUUUUGAUAUGAACAAGAAAAACCAAGCGAAUAAUAUUAAAUUAAUAGUAAACUACUGGACGUGAACGACAUCUGAGAUGAAAGGCGAAGCACUGAAGAUAGUCAUUUCAGCCGGAAUGAUUGACGAAUGGUGGAUAAAAAGUUUGGCAAUUUAGUACAUCUUAAGCAUUUUAAUGGAAGAACAACAAAUAAACAACAUCUGGGAAGGA